AUGAGUCGACGCUUUAAGAGAUUUAAACGUUUACGUCAACAAGUAGUGGAGGUUACAAGAAGAAUUUGGAAAACAUGUGUUUGCUGUGGAGGGAUUCGAGAAGAGACUCGUAAAGACAUUGUGCCACUAACAGCAGUCAUAUCAGGAACCGCGGCCAUGUGGUCACGCCCAAUCCGGGUAGAUAACCCCGUAGGGACCUGCUGUCACCCUCUGAAACACGACUGUUGGCUGAUGGGACAAAAGGGACAUCAAGAGGAUGUGCGGUGUUCUGAGAGAAACAUAGGAUCAGCGGAGAGUGAGUUCGUCUAUGUUAGCCAAGGCAACUUCGGGAAACCUAACUGCUCUCCACGACAGCAGAAGACUGGCUCUGGAGAGUCAACGGUGAAUGGAGAAAAGCCAGGAAGUUCAGACGGUUCAUCCAGUACCGACAAUCAGUCUCCAGUGGAAGACAGUAGUUCACAAGAGACAGUAAGUCCUCCUCUCUCUAUGAGAUCAUGUCCAGUCCCUCUUUACAAGCAACCUGGUGAUUUAGUGCAUCAACUACCAAUGAGAAAUUGCUACACGCCGAUAGAAGUAUCAAAUGGACUCAAGUACGCCCAAAAUAUCAACGUGACAAAUCCGCUGCCAAAUUCUGGAAUUGUUAGUUCUGUUGUCUUGAGUGCUAUUGAAGAAAUUGAUUGUGAUGCAGAUUUAAUAGUGAUUCCUUCCAUGAAUCCGCCGAACAAACUUAAUCAGAAACCUGACCUAACUCUUAAUCUCUCUGAAAUAAUUUCACCAAGGGCAGAUUCCCCUCCUCAGUUCAGGCUGGAAUUCGCCCGUGAUGAGUUCUGGUACAGAUUACGUCCAUACGAUUGGAAAAUACAAAGGAACAUCUCGAGAAACCAUAGAAGCGAGGUUGAUAUUAUCACAUUACAACAUCGUCAGGAAGCAUUCGCAUUGAAAACGCUUAACUAUGAAACCAGUUUAACAGAAGCAGUCCACCUCAUGGAUUGCCAAAGUCCCUUUGUGGUGAAAAUGUGCGCUAGUUUUGUUCUUGGUGAUGAGCGAUAUAUCUGUAUGGACUAUUACAAAAACAAGGACCUUGCUCACUGGAUGAGAAAAGAUUGCCCUCGGAAAUAUUUUAGUGAGAAAGAGGCAAUUUGGAUUUGCGCCUACAUUUUGGCAAGCCUGGACUUUCUCCACAGUAAGUCUAUUCUCCACCUGGAUGUUAAACCAGGUAAUAUCCUCAUCGAUGACAAAGGAUAUCCCGUCUUGGGGGAUUUCGGUUCUGCAGUGAGUUUAGCAAACUUGAAAAAUUUUACCAGAUGUCAGAAGAUCACACCUGCGUACGCAUGCCCCGAAGUCCAGUCGCCUUUUCCACCGGUGAAACUCUGGGAUCUGUGGCCAGUCGCUUGUAUAUUUUAUGAGAUCAUUACUACCAAAAGUCCCUGGCAGGGUAAGAGCCGAGCUGAGACCGAGCUCAGAGCGUCUCUAGUUCUCACACCGGACGUAUCUAUGUUAUCACCUACAGCUCAGAAUUUCGUUACAUCUCAGCUCCGACCGACUGUGACCGAAAGGCUGGGUUUCUCGGCUGGUGCCAGAGAGAUCAUGCGUCACAAGAUAUUCCGAGAGGUCGACUGGGACCGUGUUAAGUAUGGGCAUCGUCACGACGACUCGCACUUGUUGGACAUAUUACACAAGCUGGGAUCUGAAGAAGUAUUGCCUACCAAUGUGGCAGAAUUGACUCGCCAGGCCUCAGCAUCCUCCUCUUGCCAAAACAACAACAGCUGGGAGCUGUGGGCCUCCUCUUCCUCCGAUGAAGAUUCCAACGAAGAAUUCCAUUUCUCCGCAUGUGUUAAGCGUGAAAUCUUCACCGUUAUUGAAGAAGAUGAAGAUGAAGAAACAAACAACAGGCUUGAAAGUCAAGAUCACAACAGCAACAACAGCAGAGUCUCAUAA